CCUUACAGCACAUUUCCGGUCUCUCUUUCCGUUAACUUUUCAAUGGCCCCCCUCGCGAGCUCUGUGUUUAGUAAUGUCACCAUAUAUGCGCGUGCGCAGCAAUUUCACGUUAUGAGACUGACGUUAACUGAGUUUACUUGCUGUGUGUAAACGACACCAUCUUACGCAACUUAAUUGUCGGUCAUUUCGGGACAGUAGACCGCUUUUCGUGUCCAACCGAAGAGGAGAAACUUGCAGAAAAGUGACGAGCAGCUGCGACGAGAUGUUCCCAGCUAGCAGAUACACGAGCAAAGCCCACCGGUGUAUGAGGGCUUUGAAGACCGUGCAAGUCGACCACGCCUCACCUCAGCUGUACGCCAUGUUACACAGACGGAGCGCCUCCUCGGUUCCCACGCCUCGCAUCACAACGCACUACACCGUCCACUCCCGGGACAAAGAUCCGAGAUGGGAGGGGGUGGAAAUGGAAAGAUUCACGGACGAGGCGGACGUGGUUAUCGUCGGCGGGGGUCCCGCCGGUCUUUCGGCCGCCAUUCGCCUGAAGCAGCUGGCUAAUGAGCAGGAGAAGGAGCUGCGCGUCUGCCUGGUGGAGAAGGCGUCUCAAAUGGGGGCGCACACGCUGUCGGGGGCCUGCCUGGAGCCCAGCGCGCUCCACGAACUCUUCCCUGAUUGGAAAGAACGAGGGGCUCCUCUCAACACACCAGUGACUGAGGAUGUCUUCAGCAUUUUGACAGAGAAGUACAGGAUCCCCGUCCCCAUGUUACCAGGUCUUCCCAUGAGGAACCACGGCAACUACAUCGUGCGUCUGGGCAACUUUGUCCGCUGGCUGGGCGAGCAGGCCGAGGAGCUCGGCGUGGAGUUGUACCCCGGCUACGCCGCCUCCGAGGUUUUGUUCCACGAAGACGGGAGCGUGAAAGGAAUUGCCACCAACGAUGUCGGCAUCGCCAAAGACGGUUCCCCAAAGGACAACUUUGAGCGGGGGAUGGAGCUCCACGCCAAGGUGACGCUGUUCGGAGAGGGCUGCCACGGCCACCUCGCCAAGCAGCUGUACAAGACGUUCAAUCUGCGCGAGAACUGCGAGCCGCAGACGUACGCCAUCGGCCUCAAGGAGGUGUGGACUAUCGACGAAAAGAAGUGGCGUCCAGGCCGAGUAGAGCAUUCAGUGGGCUGGCCUCUCAACCGGAACACGUACGGCGGUUCCUUCCUGUAUCAUCUCAACGAAGGAGAGCCUCUGGUGGCUCUGGGCUUUGUGGUGGGUCUGGACUACUCCAACCCUUAUCUGAGCCCCUUCCGUGAAUUCCAGCGGUGGAAGCAUCACCCCUUCGUCGCACCCACGCUGGAGGGAGGCCACAGGAUCGGGUACGGAGCCCGCGCCCUGAACGAGGGAGGCUUCCAGUCUGUUCCUAAAUUGACGUUCCCAGGCGGCCUUCUGAUUGGCUGCAGCCCCGGCUUCAUGAACGUGCCAAAGAUUAAAGGCACGCACACGGCCAUGAAGAGCGGGAUGCUGGCAGCCGAGGCCAUUUUCCCGCGAGUGAUGGCGGCGGCCGAGGGAGGGGAGUCGGAGACGGCAGGUCUACACAUUCCCGAGUAUGCCGACGCCCUGAAAGCGUCGUGGGUGUGGAAGGAGCUCCACGCCGUGAGGAACAUCCGCCCGUCCUUCCACAACUACUUCGGCCUGUACGGCGGCAUGAUCUACACGGGGGUCUUCUACUGGAUCCUGAGGGGCAAAGAGCCGUGGACACUCAAGCACUGCGGCCGUGACGCCGACCAGCUGAAGCCGGCCAAAGACUCCACGCCCAUCGAGUAUCCCAAGCCCGACGGAAAGAUCAGCUUCGACCUGCUGUCCUCCGUGGCGCUCAGCGGCACCAACCACGAAGGAGACCAGCCCGCUCACCUUACCCUCAUGGACGACAGCGUGCCCGUCGACAGGAAUCUCGCCAUCUACGACGGGCCCGAGCAGCGCUUCUGCCCCGCAGGCGUGUACGAGUACGUCCCCGUGGAAUCGGGUGAUGGCACGCGGCUGCAGAUCAACGCUCAGAACUGCGUGCACUGCAAGACGUGCGACAUCAAGGAUCCCAGCCAGAACAUCAACUGGGUGGUCCCGGAGGGCGGAGGCGGACCGGCCUACAACGGAAUGUAAAUACGGCGGCCCGCUCGCCAAAUUGAGGGAAAUGGUAAAACUUCAAACAAGACAGUGAAAAUUCAGGAUUCUCGUGAGUGAAAAAUGUGCCUGUUGCUGUUCUGGAGUCAAAUGUUUUGACGAUUUCGCAUCUUAUCAGGUGGGAAAAUGUCCAGGCUUUUGGCUUGUAGUGUAUAUGUAAUAAUUAUCAACACAAAUCAUGUUUAAAGAGCUUGGACUUUAUUAAUUCACGAUGCGACACUACCGCUGUCAAAAACAGUGAAGCUUGAACAUAUUUGCAUAAAGUGGCCUUGAGGAAAUAUUAAAUAAGGACUUCCAGCAAGCAUUUUUGAUAAGUUUGAUAUUCAAGGUACAUUUUUUGCUGUACUGUAUAACGUCACAUCAGUGAAUAAACUACUUGACUGUUCUGUA